UGGUUAAAUCGAACGUGCUUUCCUGCCUUGUUACCUUGUUUACCCUUAACAGUCUAAAGAUGGACUUUUCAGACAUUUCAUCCAGGCGGAAAUGCUUUAAGCAGGGCUGAGAAUUGGUCACCUGCCCGGAGAAACCAGGGGAACAUACAACAUGGGAAGCAGCCAGUUCUCGGGCGCAGCUCCGCACGGUAGUGGCAGGGCAGUUGCGGGCCGUCUGUAACCCACCGUCUUGGGCAGAGUUCCCCAGAGUGUGUUCACUACAGACACACUAAAAAAGUCAGCAUCCUGCCACAGUCAGCGUCCUGCCACAACUACAAUCCUUGGGGGAGAGAGGUCCUGCGUCCCUCUGAGGCGGGCCAAGGGCGUCGGCCCAUUGGCAGAAGUGAGCGGACCGACACGGCCGGAGUCCAGUGGGCGGCGAGCCCAUCCGUCCUCGGUGGGCUGGGAGCUCCUGCCGGGGCGCCCAGGCCCAAGCCCUGCUGGGUACCCGGAGUCCAGCAGAGCUGAUGGCUACCGCAUGGAAAACAUCUCUCAAAAGGCACACACACACACAGAGGAAGGACCCGCGUUCAGAAUGGGGUCCUCCUCCCGUCAGUCCUCUGGCUUCCCAGCCCGCAGCGCCCACUUAGAACCCCGGUGUAGGGCGCGGCGUCCUCCCCGGGUUCGUUCCCGCUCCGGCCUUCCCCUUCCCCUUCCCCGGCGCCAGCCGAGCUCGGCCGAGACGUGCCCGCCCUACUUUCACUUUCGGUCGCGCGGCGGCGAGGAGGUCGGCGGAGGGGCUAGCAGGAGCCGGCUGGGGCCGGACCUCCAGGUAGUGUGACCAAGAAGAUGGUGUUUCUAUCCUUCAGAUGGCCACCUGCAGUCUUGUCGUGUCUCCUGCCCUCCCUGGUGACUCUCUUAACUGUGUCAACUCCUUCGUGGUGUCAGAACAGUGAAGCCGCAUCUCCAGAAGGCCCUGAUGGGACACCAUUUCCAUGGAGUAAAAUGCGACUUCCUGAGCACGUCAUCCCUGUUCAUUAUGAUCUCAUGAUUCAUGCAAAUCUCACCACCCUGACCUUCUGGGGAACUGUGCAAGUAGAAAUAGCAGUUAGCCAGCCCACCACUGCCAUCAUCCUGCAUGGUCACCGCCUGCAGGUCUCAGAGGCCACCCUCAGGAGAGGGGCUAGAGAACAGCUGUCUGCAGAGCCACUGAGGGUCCUGGAACAUCCUCCCCAUGAGCAGAUUGCACUCCUGGCCCCAGAGCCCCUCCUCGCUGGGCUUCCAUACACAGUUGUCAUCAAAUAUGCUGGCAAUCUCUCUGAGAACUUUCAUGGAUUUUAUAAAAGUACCUACAGAACCAAGGAAGGGGAAGUGAGGAUACUUGCAUCAACACAGUUUGAACCCACUGCAGCUAGAAUGGCCUUCCCCUGCUUCGAUGAACCUGCCCUCAAAGCACGUUUCUCCAUCAAGAUUAGAAGGGAGCCUCGGCACCUCGCUAUCUCCAACAUGCCCUUGGUAAAAUCUGUGACUAUUUCUGGAGGACUCAUAGAAGACCAUUUUGAUGUCACUGUGAAGAUGAGCACCUAUUUAGUGGCCUUCAUUAUUUCAGAUUUUGAGUCUGUCAGCAAGAUGACCAAGAGUGGAAUCAAGGUUUCCGUAUACGCUGUGCCAGACAAGAUACAUCAGGCAAAUUAUGCGCUGGGUGCUGCAGUGACUCUCCUAGAAUUUUAUGAGGAUUAUUUCCAGAUACCAUAUCCCCUACCCAAACAAGAUCUUGCUGCUAUUCCUGACUUUCAGUCUGGUGCAAUGGAAAACUGGGGACUGACAACAUACAGAGAAUCUUCUCUGUUGUUUGAUGCAGAGAAGUCUUCUGUAUCAAGUAAGCUUGCCGUCACAAUGACUGUGGCCCAUGAACUUGCCCACCAGUGGUUUGGGAACCUGGUCACUAUGGAGUGGUGGAAUGAUCUUUGGCUAAAUGAGGGAUUCGCCAAGUUUAUGGAGUUUGUGUCUGUCAGCGUGACCCAUCCUGAGCUGAAAGUUGAAGAUUAUUUUUUUGGCAAGUGUUUUAAUGUGAUGGAAGUAGAUGCCUUAAAUUCCUCACACCCUGUGUCCACACCUGUUGAAAAUCCUGCUCAGAUCCAGGAGAUGUUUGAUGAUGUUUCUUAUGAAAAGGGAGCUUGUAUUCUGAAUAUGCUAAGGGAUUACCUUAGUGCCCACGUAUUUAAAAGUGGUAUCAUACGCUAUCUCCAGAAGUAUAGCUAUAAAAACACCAAAAACGAGGACCUGUGGAAUUCUAUGACGAGUAUUUGCCCUACUGAUGACCCACAAAACGUGGAUGGCUUUUGCCCUGGAGAUCAACAUUCUUCCUCAUCCUCACACUGGCGACAGGAAGGCCUGGAUGUGCAGGCCAUGAUGGACACCUGGACACUGCAGAAGGGCUUUCCUCUGAUAACCGUCAUGGUGAGAGGGAGAAACGUGUACCUGGAGCAGCAGCACUAUAUGAAAGCCUCUGACGAUGCCCCAGAGACUGGGUACCUAUGGCAUGUUCCACUGACGUUCAUUACCAGCAAAUCAGACACGGUCCAUAGAUUUUUGCUGAAAGCAAAGACAGAUGUGCUCAUCCUCCCUCAGGAGGUGGAAUGGAUCAAAUUCAAUGUGGGAAUGAACGGCUAUUACAUCGUGCAUUAUGAGGGUGAUGGCUGGGACUCUCUGACUGGCCUUUUAAAAGGAACACACAGAGCAAUCAGCAGCCAGGAUCGGGCAAGUCUCAUUCACAACGCGUUCCAGCUGGCCAGCAUUGGAAAGCUAUCUAUUGAAAAAGCCUUGGACUUAGCCCUGUACUUGAAACGUGAAACUGAAAUUCUGCCCGUCUUCCAAGGUUUGAAUGAGCUAAUACUUAUAUAUAAGUUAAUGGAGAAAAGAGACAUGAAUGAAGUAGAAACUCAAUUCAAGGCCUUCCUCAUCAAGCUGCUGAGGGACCUCAUUGACAGGCAAGCGUGGACUGACGAAGGCUCCGUGACGGAGCGGAUGCUGCGGAGUCGGCUUCUGCUGCUGGCCUGCGUGCGCGGGUACCAGCCCUGUGUGCAGAGGGCAGAAGGCUAUUUCAGAAGGUGGAAGGAAUCUGGUGGAAAUUUGAGCCUACCAAAUGAUGUGACCUUGGCAGUGUUUGCUGUGGGGGCCCAGAACACAGAAGGCUGGGAUUUUCUUUACAGUAAAUAUCAGUCUUCUUUAUCCAGUGCUGAGAAAGAGCAAAUUGAAUUUGCCCUCUGUAUGAGCCAGAAGAAGGACAAGCUUCAGUGGCUACUAGACCAAAGUUUUAAGGGAGAUAUAAUAAAAACUCAGGAGUUUCCAGGUAUUCUUAUACUCAUUGGCAGAAACCCAGUAGGAUAUCCAUUGGCCUGGCAGUUUCUGAGGGAAAAUUGGAACAAACUUGUACAAAAGUUUGAACUUGGCUCACCUUCCAUAGCCCACAUGGUGAUGGGCACAACAAAUCAAUUCUCCACAAGAACACGGCUUGAAGAGGUAAAAGGAUUCUUCAGCUCUUUGAAAGAAAAUGGUUCUCAGCUCCGGUGUGUCCAACAAACAAUUGAAACCAUUGAAGAAAACAUACGCUGGAUGGAUAAGAAUUUUGAUAAAAUCAGAGUCUGGCUGCAAAAUGAAAAGCUGGAACUGUUGUAACAAGCUAGAGAUGGUUAUUUUGGCUCCAGCUGAAGAUACUUCCUUUCCUUUUGACCUUUUAUUCAUUAGACUAUUUUUCUAAGAAAACUGUUAGUUUUUUCAUCAAUGAGCUAUUGCUACAUUUGACAGGUGUUGUCCUAUGAUGUCAAGUGGCAGGUUCCUUACUAUAAAGAACACAACACCUAUUCUUUUCUUUUUCAUGCUGAAGCCCCGUGGUGUCCCAAACCCUGUGCCCCACCUGUUUGUCACUCAUAAACUGUUUCAUCAAUUUCCUGGAAAGACUUGGAACAGUGAAGACUACUAACAAUGGACACCUGGAUCAGAGACAAAGCUGGAUUGUGGCUGUGUCCAUGAUCUCCUGUUGGCCCAUCCAGAUCCGCUGUCCACCCUUCUCCCUUGCUCCUUGCCUGGGUACCAAUGUGUAGAAUGAUUCGUCAGGCUUCCUGCCUGUUAGAUUUUGGACCCAGGAGGAUAGUGCUGGGGUCUGGGAGGGGACCAGUGGAUGUGCUUCCCUGGUUUCCUGCAGAGUGCCUCAGGCUAGACUCUGCUGACCCCCCUUACCUCCUGACAGGUGGCAGCCCUCUCUCCCACACAGACUUCUCCAGCUCUGCUUCCUCCUCUCACCCUUCAGGACUAGGGGCCUCAGUGGGUCCCGGGGUUCUUUGUGGUUUUCUUACACCUCAGCUCCACCUUGCAAAACUCCCUUCAUAGAACCCUGCAAGGAAAACCUUUCACUUGCAAUAAUACCAGACAGCUGUUGACCCUUAGGGUGGGGGGUGAUAAUCUUCUCUCUCUGUGCCUUAUUUAGCCUAGUAGUUUAUAACUCAUAGGUAACUUAUUAUUGGCACUUAUUGCCAGUAAAUCAUUGCAGAGUCAUCAAUAGAUGAUCACAUAUUGUGAAGUGGAAAAUAUUUGCUUGUAUAUUAGCCUAACUGAUGAUAACUUUGGCUUUGAAGUCACAUAUGAGUUUCUUUUUUUUGCAGUUUUUGGCCAGGGCUGGGUUUGAACCCGCCAUCUCUGGCUAUGGGGCUGGUGCCCUACUCCUUUGAGCCACAGGCACUGCCCACACAUAUGAAUUUUUUUAAUAUAUGAAAAAUUUCAAGAUAAAGGAAUAUGAUUGAUAUGAGAAAUGUCAAAAUAUGUUGCUGUAAUACACUAUGAAUAGAAUCACAUUUCUGGAUUUAAAUGUAUUUCCAAUUCCAUUUUUAUACUUAUUGCAUGGUUAAUGGUUUUAGAACUAAAAACAGAAACAAAUCACUGGUAAUUUCAACCCCAGGCUAUUUUCCUUCUAAAAAUGCAUACAAAGACAAGAUUUUAAUGUAAAAUAUUUUGCUUUAAUUAUAUUUUAUAUUUUGAUUAAUGAAACAUGGAAACACUGAUUUUCAGUUUUGGUCACCUGAGGAACCUAUCUGCAUUUCCUUUUGAAAAGCCCAUUUUGUAAACAGAUGCAAUAUUACCACAACAGUGUGCCAACAAUUCUUUGGUAAUAAAAAAUGUCUUCCCCCAA